AUGGCACCACCACUCUCCCAACGGUUACAUCUUUUUCUACAUCCUAGAAACAAUUCAAAUCUUUUAAGCCGCCCGUCACGCACUCUACGGUCGCUUGAGAGAUCAAUUGAUGGGCUUUCUCCCUGGUAUCAGGUUAUUGUUGGAUUCUUCGUCAACUUUAUGACAUGGGGUAUGCCCAACGCGUACGGCGUAUUCCAACUGUAUUACUCUCAGACCACGGGCUGGUCUUCGUCUCAGAUCUCGUGGGUGGGCUCGAUCCAGCUAUUCCUGGCUUUUGUUGGCGGCUCCGUGUCCGGAAGGUUGGCAGAUGCUGGGUAUGCUCGGCAUUGCAUCUUGCUCGGAUCUACUCUGAACAUCAUAGGAAUCAUGACAGCGAGUGUUGCUUCCGCCUACUGGCAAGUGAUCUUAUCACUCGGUGUCUGUGUCGGUCUAGGCGGCGGUAUGAUGGCCCUGCCUGCUGCCGCUGCUAUCGGAUCUCGCCUGCGACAUAGACGAGCGCUGGCCAUGAGCUUGUCGGGAUGUGGUGCAAGUAUCGGUGCCAUCUCUUAUGCUGCGACUGUUCAGUAUCUAAUCCCUGUUAUUGGCUUUCCCUGGGCUGUUCGAUGCUGCGGGCUUCUUUCCAUCAUAGCCUCGAUCACGGCAAAUGCGCUUGCUCGGCCACCAUUGUAUACCAGGAAAUCCGGCGGCCUAAUUGACUGGUCUGCAUUUGAGAGUGGCUUUUUUGGGAUGUUCUGUCUUGGCGGUUUCUUGGUGUAUUUCUCUCUCUUUGCAGCUACCAUCUACAUUAACUCAUUUGCCUCAAACACACUCGGGUUUGAGGCCAGCAAGUCAAUUCAAUUCUUGCUUAUCUCCAACGCUGCCUCCAUUCUCGCCCGGCCGAUGUCGGGGAUGAUUGCCGAUCAUGUUUUCGGGGAAGUGAACACCUGGAACCUGGUUUGUUUCCUCCUGUCAGGCAUGCUAUUUGCGUGGAUCGGCGUCCGUACCCAACCUGCCAUGUACGCGUACUCCGUUUUGAUGGGGUUUUUGAACGGGGCAGCGCAAGGUAUCUUCCCGAGCGCUGUCAAUAGUCUCAGUAUCGGCACAGACAAGCUGGGCACCCGCCUGGGCAUGGUUUUUGGUCUUUGCGGGGUGGCCAGUCUGGCAGGGCCCCCGACGAUGGGUGCUAUAAUUGAUGCUAAUAAAGGACAGUAUUUAUGGGCACAGGUCUGCGGAGGGACAUUGAUGUGUGUUGGAUGCUUGACCGUUGGUAGUGCAAGAUUGUUUUUCGCCCGAACGCGUCUGAGAGAUGAGAUCGGUCUCUAG